GGAAAGGAAAUCAAUCAGUAAAGGCAAAGUUAAGGAAAAGGAGAUCAAAGAGAGGAUCAGAACAGAGAGCACAAGCACAUGACAAUGGUGAAAAGAGAACCAUCACAACCCCCGUGAGGCCGUGAAACGGUGACCCUUAUCUUUCUAUCUCUCUCUCCGUUCCUUCAAAUCGAAGGAACACACACCUAUCUACACAUCGCUUAUUGCAUAUGCAUCUCUCUCUCUCUCUCUCUCUCUCUCUCUCUCAAUUAUUAAAACCAAACCCCACGCCUUUAUUUAUUACGCCCGUUCAUCCCAAUCAUUGUCUCAAUAACAGCCGUUUAAUCGCCACUUUCUUACCCCUCUUUUCUGAUUUCAUGACUCCCACAUUGACAUGUCACCGGCGUUGCUAGACACCGGGGCUCUGAUUCAAAACCCUAAUAUUAACGGUCAGAUUUCUCAUCCUCUUUUUAUUGCCUCUUGUUUUUAUUUGGAUUCUCUAUCGGCACAACAACCACCAUUGCUAAGCUUCUCGAACGCCAUGAACCCAUUAAAUUUUGGUGAUUUAAAUUACGGGUUUUCAAAUUCAAGCGGAAAUGCCCAGAAUUUGAACUUUAGCUCGCCUUCUAUUCCACGAUCAUCGGGGAAGCCUCUUUCGAAGCCGAGAUUCGUGAAAGCGAGAAAGGAAUCCAAUUCCCAGAAUUUGAAAUUCCCAGCUGACACCUGUGCGGGGCCCGGUUUUAAUCCGUUCGGACCUGUUUCGGGCUCUGCUGAGCAGGAUGUUUCAAAGUCCACUGCAUUUGGGUUUGGUAGCGGUGGGAAUGAGUCGUUUGUUUUUGGAACCAGUAAAAGUAUUUUGGGUGGGAAUUCAGAUUCAGGGAAGUGGAAUGUGGAGAAAAAAGUCAUUGAACAAAUGAAAAAUGUGAGAAUUGGGAGCGGAAUUGUGUUCCUGAAUAAUAACUUAAAUGCAAGCGAUAGAAGUGAUUUUGUGUUCGGGAGCGAUCACAAUAAGAGUUCCAUUAUUAAUGAUGGCACGAAGAAGUUGACCAUUGAUGAUAACGAGAUUGAGAAGCUUGCUGAUGAAAGGUCCAAAUUAACGGCAAAUGAUAUUGCCAAAUUUGGGCUCAGGAGUGGUGACAAUGUGACUGCUUCCAUUGGGAAAAAUGUGGAAUCAAAGCUACCAGAUGAGUUGAAGAAGAAAUUAAAUAUCGAAGAGACAAAGGAUUUCAAUAGGGGUAGCGGUAUUUCCAGUGUCGAUGAUGUGAAAAUGUCUGGUUUCAGAAGUGGUGCCAAAAGCUUGGAGAAUGUACUUCCUGAUGAGAUUAAGAAUUUGAACAUCAAGGAUUCUUCGGAUGCUAAUGACAUUGAUAGUAAGACCUAUGAGAAGGAUAGUUUUGCAUCUGGAAGCCGGAAAGGAACUAGGAGUCAAUCGGGUAGAGAAACAGAAAACAUACAGUUGAGCGAGAUGGAGAGCAAGUUGAACAUUGCAAGUGCAAUCGGAGAAUCUUCUGAUCAAACGGACAUGGGAUUUUCUUCUUCUCGAAUCUUUGCCAAGCAAAUGCAAACUGGAAAUGGGGGUGUUAAGAAGUUCCAUGAUUUUGGUAAUUCUGCUCCGAUGAAGUUUACUUUCAAGGGAGGGGUGCAGGGUGAGGAGGCAAGUAGUAGUCAAGUUCCUAUUGACCAACCCAAAGUUGAGACACAGCCAAGUGGACUUGCAGGACCAUCAUCUGCUUUCUCAUCCAGUGGCUUAGCUGGUGGGUAUGCUUUUGGAUUGCCACCAACAGGUAGAGCGGAGAAAAGAGAUGGGUUUAUUUUUACAAGCAAGCAAGAUGGUGUUGGAUCACGCUUUCUUGAAUUUAAAACACCGAAUCCCAAGGGAAAUCUAUUCUCUGGUUUAAAUCGGAAAGUAGAAAUCAGUGCGAAGUUUAAAGACUCAAAAGUAAAGAAAAAAAAAGGAAAGUUGAAGCAACCAGCCAAAGUCCAUCUAUGGACUGGGCAAGAUUUUGUUUCAAGGGAAAGUGGUUGUCGUGAAAUCCCUGAGGCUUCUGAAUCUUAUUCACCCAUGGAUGUUUCGCCAUAUCAGGAAACAUUAUCUGAUACUCAAAUUUCAAGGGAAACUUCUGUGGCAUCUGAGGAAUCUUUCAGUCUUGAUAACCAAUAUCCAUCAACUGGUUCACAAGCAUCUGCUUUGAACGAUGCCAUAGAUGAAGUUUUGGUUGUUGCAACACAACAAAUGGAUAUAAAUGAAGACGAUGUGCAAUUCAGAGCAUCGAAAAGCGAAGGUUCUGGUUAUUGUUCUGAUAAAGGUAUUGGUGCUGAAAAUCCUCCAGAAGAUUCCACAUCAUGGGCUGAAACAGAAAGCUUUAAAUCUGCAAAUGAGGAAGUAGACUUUAUCAAUGAUGUUGUGGUUACUUCAGCAGAAAAUGGAGCCAGUUCUAGUACAAAUAUUGAGAAGCGAGAUAGUGAUGUCAGGGUUCAAUUUGGUUCUCCUGCAAGUUCUGAGGAUUUUAUUGGUUCUGGUUUUACCUUUGCUGCUUCUGCUGCUGCUCAACCAUCAUCAAAACGUCAGAAUAAAAAGAAAAAUUGGGUUAAAGUUGGUCAUGAUUCUUAUAAUUCCACUCCAAAUGCGAAAGUUUCAUAUGCGCCAUCAUCUUCACAGUUUACUAUAUUUUCUGGAGCUUCAUUGCCUUCGUCCCCUACUCUGGCAAAGAAAGUUGGUCUAUCCACUCCAUUCCACAUGAUUGGAGAUAAUUCUGAGGGGCUUAGAGGACAGGAGAUGAAGCAGGAGUCUGAUUUGAUUUCUGCCGCAUCAGUUGCAGCUCAGGAAGCAUGUGAAAAGUGGCGAUUAAGGGGAAACCAAGCAUAUACGCACGGAGAUUUGUCCAAAGCUGAGGAUUGUUACACACAAGGGAUAAAUUGUGUUUCUACAAGUGAGACAUCUAGAAGCUGUCUCAGGGCGUUGAUGUUGUGCUAUAGCAACCGUGCAGCAACACGAGUGUCUCUUGGAAGAAUGAGAGCUGCACUUGGAGAUUGUAAGAUGGCUGCUGAAAUUGAUCCCACUUUUCUCAGGGUAAAAGUUAGAGCUGCAAAUUGUUACCUGGCCCUGGGGGAAGUUGAAGAUGCAUCACAGUAUUUCAUGAAGUGCUUACAGUUAGGAAGUGACAUCUGUGUGGACCGAAAAAAUGCAGUUGAGGCCUCUGAGGGACUACAAAAGGCACAGAAAGUGUCUGAAUGCUUGCAACAGUCUGCUGAACUUUUGCAAAGGAAAACUUCCUAUGAUGCAGGAUGUGCUUUGGAACUUAUUUUGGAGGCCUCAACUAUGAGCCCAUUCUCAGAAAAAUUACUUGAAAUGAAAGCAAAGUCCCUUUUCCUGCUGCGAAAGUAUGAUGAAGUAAUUCAGCUAUGUGAGCAGACUUUUGAUUCUGCUGAACAGAAUUCUCCUCUGAUAUAUGCUGAUUGCCAAUCAGCAGAUCUAGAUAGUAGUGAUCUUAUGAAGGAUUCCUCCUUUUCUCUUUGGCGAAGCCACCUGAUUUUCAAAUCCUACUUCUAUCUUGGAAAGCUGGAGGAGGCUAUUGGUUCACUACAAAGGCAAGAGGAACUGAUUGAAAAAAGUGGUGUGCGCAGGAAUGAUGACAAGAUGAUGGAAUCAUUAAUACCCUUAGCUGCCACUAUACGAGAACUCUUACACCAUAAGGCUGCAGGAAAUGAAGCAUUUCAAGCAGGAAAGCAUUCAGAAGCCAUUGAGCAUUACACUGCUGCCCUGUCAUGCAAUGUAGAGGCGCGUCCUUUUGCAGCUAUUUGUUUCUGCAAUCGAGCUGCUGCAUACAAAGCAUUGGGCCAAAUUACUGAUGCUAUUGCAGACUGCAGCCUAGCAAUAGCUCUUGAUGGAAGUUAUCUGAAGGCAAUUUCUAGAAGAUCCACUUUAUAUGAGAUGAUUGGGGAUUAUGGACAAGCAGCUAGUGAUCUUCAGAGACUUGUAUCUACUCUCACUAAGCAAGUAGAGGAGAAGUCCAAUCAGUUUGGAUCAUCUGAUAGAAUGGGAAACUUGGCAAAUGAUUUAAGACAAGCUCGUAUGCGUCUUUCCACGAUUGAAGAAGCAGCUAGAAAGAAGAUUCCUCUGGAUAUGUACCUCAUUUUGGGAGUUGAACCUUCUGCUUCAGCCUCAGAAAUUAAGAAGGCAUAUCGGAAAGCUGCACUUAGGCACCAUCCUGACAAGGCUGGUCAGUCAUUGGCAAGAAGUGAGAAUGGAGAUGAUGGUCUCUGGAAAGAGAUAGGAGAAGAAAUCCACAAACAUGCAGACAGACUUUUUAAAAUGAUUGGGGAGGCAUAUGCAGUACUUUCAGACCCUACUAAGCGCUCACAGUAUGAUCUUGAAGAAGAGAAGAGGAAUGCCAAAAAGAGAGAGAGUGGAAGCAGCGCAUAUAGAACAUGCACAGAUGCUCACAACUAUCAAUUUGAAAGAAGCGGCACUAGGAGACAAUGGAGAGAGGUUUGGAGAUCAUAUGGUAGGUAGCUCACCAACGGAAGGGCCAGCCACUUGGUUAAAGAGAUCUUGAUGACAAUCAUAUGUGCUUGCUUGAUAAGAAUCUCCGGAUUUCAGAGUGACAAUUGUGUGUUAACAUGGGUUUGAUUGGUUAGCGGCAGUCUGUCUGUAACUUCAACUGAUACUUGAGUGGGCUUGCUGAUGGGAAAUUACUUAAGCUACUUUGAAAAUUGAUGACUUAUGCAGCAGAUGGAAGGCGCAGGAUGGCUUGAAGCUCUGACGAAAAUUCUGGUUUUUUCACCCGUACAAUAUGUUGUUCCCAAAAAUACCAAAAAGUAGGGGAAAAGAAACUGUUUCCCGUUGAGGGUUGACAGUCAGACUCUGGAAAUUUGUGAAUCUGAAGGCUAGUCCUUUUUUUUUUUUUUUCCCGGAAAGAGGAAAAAGAACAGGAAAAGAAACAUCCUAGUGUGAUUUAAAAUUUCACAAGAUAUGAUAAAGUUAUUGCUAGCUGUUUGAGGUGUGUAAAUGUACCGGCCACUUGUACAGAUGAAAUGUUAGAAAUGCAAUUAAUAAAUCAUUAUAAUUUGAUUUUUAUCA